UUCACCUCGCUUGUGAUUGGUCAACACAGGAUGACGGGGCGUGGCAAAGGCUAGCGUGAAUCUGAUUGGUUGCGUCGUGAGGCCACGCCCCCAGCGCGAGACUGUGUACCGCAGGAGAAAUGGAGACGAGGUUUGAUGAAUCUGUGAAUCUCGGCGCUGUUUAGGAUUCGGGGACGGUUUAAUUUUUUUUUUCCUCUUCCAGUCUCGUGUUGCUUGUAACGGCGACGGUUUUAGGCGAGUGACGCAAUCGAUUUGGCCCGCAAUCAUAGGAUCGCACGCGAGCUCGUUACCGCAAGCAUCGAUCAGGAUGGCCGGCGCGACGGCGAGCGGAGGCUGUCAGAAAAUCCGCGGCGUUCAGCUGCACGAGCUGCUCGAGUCCAAACACAACGUGCUGUUCGACUGCGACGGUGUGAUCUGGAACGGAGAGACGGCGGUGGCGGGAGCUCCCGAGGUGGUGCGCGCGCUCAAGCAGCGCGGGAAGCGAGUGUUCUUCGUCACCAAUAACUGCACCAGGCCGAGGCAGAGCUACGUGCAGAAGUUCGCGCGGCUCGGGUUCGCCGAUGUGGACGAGCAGGAGAUCUUUAGCUCGGCGUACUGCUCGGCCGCGUACCUGCGCGACGUGGCCACCUUCAGCGGCAAGGUGUUUGCCAUCGGCUGCCCCGGAGUGCACGCCGAGCUGCGGGAUGCCGGGAUCUCCGUGGUCGAGGAGGAAGAGGAUGGACCGGACGUCAACAUUUCCAACUGCGCACUGGACCCGGACGUGCGCGCCGUCCUCGUGGGCUACGACGAGAAAUUCAGCUUCAUGAAGUUGGCCAAAGCCUGCUGCUACUUGCGGGACUCCGAGUGUUUGUUUUUGGCCACUGAUCCUGACCCUUGGCAUCCUCUGCGAGGAGGAAGAAUCACACCAGGUUCUGGGAGUCUCACUGCAGCUCUGGAAACAGCCAGCAGCAGGAAGGCCACGGUGAUCGGCAAACCGAGUCGUUUCAUGUUCGAGUGCAUCGCCAGCCAGUUCGAUUUAGACCCGGAGAGCUCUUUGAUGGUGGGCGACCGCUUAGAGACUGAUAUCGUCUUUGGCGUUAACUGUGGCCUUUCUACAGUGCUCACGCUAACGGGCGUCUCGACCUUCGAGCAAGCACAGGUAUACAAGGACAGUGACGAGCCGAAGAAGAAGGACUUUGUGCCUGAUUAUGUGGUGGAGAGCAUCGCAGAUUUCUUGGAGGCUUUGGAGGAGUAGGAAAGAAAGGACAGGGCAGUUAUGAACUCCGUAAUAAACCCCAGAGCGCACAGCUUUUGCCUGGUACCCAAAACAGUCAUUACUGUAUGUCCAAUGCUGUUGUUCAUGGUGUACAACUAUACGUACGUGUCAUCAUAGUUGUCAGUUUAUCAUCACUAGAUGACAUGGACGUACCGUGUGUUUAAAGUAUUUGAAUGAAUAAUGAGCACAUUUUGAAAGGAGUAGCUUAGCCAAACAAAAAGGUGCAGUUUUUUUCCUUACCCCAGAUGUUGUCGAUCAUGUUUAAUGUACGGAGUUUGCUUCUUUAUUUAAAGGAAAAUGUAACUAACAAGGAAGAGAAGCUUAGCCAGAUUUUAGCCAGAUUUUUCCACCUGCUUAUAUCACUAUUAUAGAUAUUUUCAAUGCUAUGCAUAUUUGAGUAAAGGAAGUGGUUUUGCAGAAAUGAGGGAUGUCAGAUUGGUAGUUCCAAAUCAAUCACGGUUGAAACCUCACACAGCUUCACAAAAUCCAGUUAAUUACAUCCGAAUGAAAUUAUAUCAAGUUAUAUAUCAAUAUAAAAACCACAAGGUUGUUCCAGACCUCCCAUCCCCUGAAGAUUAAGAAUGAGAAUAAUCAAACCAAGACCAGAACCUGUAACUUUAAGUCUUUGGAUCAUUGAUAAAACGAGUCCUUUUACAAAUCGCUCGUCCUUUUAGAAACUGGAAUGUUUUCAGACGGCUGAUUUUUUUUUUUUUUUUUGGAAACAAACAGCAUUUUUAAUCACUUUCUAAGGUGUUAGAUUUAACACUUUGUUGUAAACCGAUUUAAUCUUUUUCUCGGUCAAAAUUUUCAGCUUUUUGUCUCUAUCGCCUGGCGGGAAAAAAAGAUACCUAAGAGAUACAGUUAACCGAUGUUAACUAAAUACUUGUCUAAUGUAAGCUGAGUCAAACAUACUUUGAUAGAUUUUAUUUCACAUUAACAAACUGAAAACAUUUGAUGGAAAGCUAGGGUGCAAGCGCCUCAAGCAGGAAAAAGGAGUCGAGACAAAAGCCAGAAGAUUCCUAAUGUGAGAUUGUUGGAAGGGGGCGGGCCUUCCAGUGAGUGACAGUUAAUAUUGGAGAGUUCAACACACCUCUUGUCUGUCAUUCCAGAUUCAUAUGCUGAUCUUCUGUUUUUAUUGGGCAGGAAAAAGAGGGAAAAGACAUAGAAGGUUGGUGGAUCUGUAAUGCGUUUCUGGAACAAGGAGAAUAAGAAUGCUUCAGAAUGUGAGACAUGACAAUCUGGCAACCUUUGUUAGAUAUGCACACUUUUAAUUAUAAUGCAGCGGAGUGAAGGGGUGAAUGUUGCACUGCAAAGAAAACGCUACGGUGUCUAUGGAAAGAUUGUGUUGAAAGAUAUUGAGAGUAAAUUUCGGAAUAUAACUACUGUAUUGCACUUUCGUUAGUAGGCUUUUACGUUAGUAGGAAACCAACUACCUCGUAUGCCUUUUCCUGCUGUGUGUUUUCACCAUGCAAAUCAUCCAUCAUUGCUUAUUUAGCAUUGUCCAACUUCUUGGAAUAUUGAGCCAAACGACGGCUCCGUAAUGAUGCGUGUGUUUACAGAUUCAUAAAAUAAUCAGAAGUCCAUAUUUUAAAAAAUGAAAUAUACAAAUCAACUGGGAACGUACCUGAGCCAGACUCAGUGAUCAGAAAGAAGGUGAUUCUGCUACUGUUUUUUCUACAUGAUAUCCUUUUGUAGGAAUUUCUUCUAGACCUGCAGGUUGAUCGGCUUCAUCUGGGUAUGUGGAAAAGUUUUAGUUUCAUCUAAACUAUUCCUUUCAGUGUUUGGGCCCAUUCUGCAGGUGGUCAUGCAAAAGCACAUCAUCCCAGCUGUAAUUAUUAGAAAGCAUGGCAAACGUAAUCCCGUUAAUGAAGAAACUCUUUGGGGCGAUAAAGAAACGGCAUGCCAUACACGCCCGAAGAAAACGAAAUAUAUCCUUGUUAAUAACUUAUUAGUUGUGUACAUUAUAACUGGAAUUUCCCUGUGAAGCCUCCUGCCCAGUAGCAGAUGCUCUUAUGAAAAUUUAAUUUAAUUGUAUAAUAAAAACUACUGAAAUGUAACUUGUGGAGAAUGUACUGUAGUGAGACUGUGGGUUUUUUUUAAAUUUUUUUAUUUUUUUUUGCACCGUGAAAUUCUCCAUUCUGAUUGGUCAGACGGUGUCGAUCAAUUUUCUAUAACGGCGGCUCUGAAAGUAGUCCCGGAUGCAAAGUUUAUAUUAAUGCGUUAUUGUUUCUAUAGCAACAACAUAGCCAGUGAUUUGUAUGUUGGAUGUGCCAAAUAAUGACGUGUAAUUGUUGAUACGGUGAACUUUUCUGUAAGCAGAUGCUUGAUUGAGCAUUUUUGGAAGGAGUCUCCAGUGUCAGUGCUUUGUAAUGGUCAGAAGUAAAGCUGUAACUUAAAGUUUUCUGACAUGGAAAAGGACAUUGCGGUUUGUAGUUUGGCGUUAACAUGACAACCUGCAUUGUUUUUUUGUUUUUUUUCUCUCUCUUCCUAACUUUACGAGAGAAGAAAAGAGAUGCUGGGGGCAGAACGACUGUUUAUAGCUGCUAUAGCGUAAGUAAUGACAGGAGCUAAUUUAUUUCUAAGUAUGAUGUUCACUUAAUACAUAAAAAUUGUAUGAUUUGUAUGGCAAAUUGCUGUGGUAAAAGAGGAAUAAAACACAUCAGGACGUCCUGUUAUUGGAAAUUAACAUAGUCACUUCAUCCUGUGGUGUUUUAUUCCUUACAUAAUGUAGAAAUAUAUCGUGCGGCAUCUCUCUAGCUUUAGAUGUCCACGUAAAAUAGAAUUAUUCUCAUUCUUAGAUAUUUUGUCAUACAAAAUUACUUCAUUGACAAUCAGUUUAAGUUCUAACUUGACUGCUUAAGUUGCAUCCCAGGUUGUAUCUAGCGCUCAGUACAUGUUCUGUUGUCUGUGUGGGUUCUGCAAUGGUAGCGGCCGUGUACUCAUGAUAUAUUGCACCAGUUUAACGAUCAUGCAGUCAGUGCAGUCUGUAACAUGUAGCUGGAGUCGACAUUCUGUCAGUGUUGAUUUCUAUUGUAUUCUCUUUUCUAGUGUGGUGCAGUAUGUGUCGUCCCAGACAGUGUGUUCUCUAAAAUUAAUUCUAGUAAGAACUUUCUAAAGCUGCCGUUCAGGAUUUACCAAGGAUUAAUGUACGUAAAGUGUUAGGAUCACUUUUUUUUUUCCUUUUUUUAAUAUCAACCUAGAUAUUAGCCUGGAUUUCUAAAGAUUAGUGACAGUUUUUGGAAUCGGAAUCAUACCUUUUCAUGAAAAGUGACCUUCUUCCACAAAAAUAGUGUCGUAUUUAAGUUUUUAAUUAAAAACAUUCUAGGCCGAUUAUUUUAUCCAGUCUGAUGAAGUGUUUUAUUUUUUCCUGAGAACCUACUGAACGUUUAGAUUUUUGCGUCAGUGAUGAGUGGAUAGAGUGGUAAUGCGAGCAGAACUGAAACUCAAAUACCUGUAUUACUGUUAUUAGAAUAAUCAGUGUUCAGUUUUACACUGGACUUGUGUGACUAAUCUAGAGCUUGUGUCAAUGUGUCCGUAUGUCUUUAGCUAGACUGGACAUUCUGUACCUGAUGGAAUAUCAUUUUUAAAAAAAAAAAUGAAGUAGUGAAUUUAUUUAAUGCUAAACUCCGCUGUGACAAUAACGUAUACAUGCUGUGACCUGGUUUGGCAUUUCCGGUAGUAAAUUUCUGUGGUGUAAAAUUUGCCUUUUUAAUAAAACAUUUCCCUCACAUUGAAA